AUGUCAGAAAAUGAAACAUUUACUAAAAGAUCAAAUGUUUCGUUUUCUAAAGCAGAUAUUUUUGAACAGAAAGAAGCUACUUUACAUGAAAAUUUAUUGUCUCAAGUAGAACAAAAUGAAUUACGUGUUAAAUCUGAAAACGAUGUAAAAAGUUUAUUGGAUAAGCACUCAAGUCAGCUAUUUGCUGGAGAAAAUAUUACUACACCAAAACGAACAUUACAUGGACCAUCUUCUUCAAGAUCAAACCGAAGUCUUUUAUUAUCUUUUAAUACACCACAAACAUCUUUUUUUACAUCAGAUAUGAUAUUACCACCUCUUCCUCCAUCUACGCCUACGGAAGCUCAAAAACUUUUAUUAGAUAUGAGUCCAGAACCUGUUUUCAUGACACCAAGAAGUAUUCCAAAGUAUACAUUACAUGAUCUUGAGAAAGAAAGGUCAAAAUUGCGUACAGAAAUUAUUAAUCUUGAAUCUCAAUUGCGAGGUCGGGAUGCAGAGAUUAAUGAGCUUCGUAAUCAUGUUGCAAAUAUUGAAAAUACAAUUUCUAUAUUAGAACAUGAAAAAAAUGAUCUUAUUACUUCAUGGGAAGAAGAGAGACUUCAAUUGGAGUCUAGAAGUUCGAUGUCGUUAUCUACUGACUCGAAAACUACUGCACCUGCUAUUGAUCAAGCAAUAUUAGCAGAACUAGAAACUAAACAUCAAGAACAAUUGACUGUUUUAGCAAACGAUUUGCAUUAUCAAUAUUCACAAAAGCAUCAUCAAAAAGUUCAAGCACUUAAAGCAAAUUAUGAAAAAAAAUAUGAAGCUAAGAUUAUUGCACUUGAAGGAAAGAUAGAAGAAAUGAGGAAAAUGCUACAAAAUGAGCAGAAAGAAAAAAGAGAAAUUAUUGCGAUGAGUGAAGAAUUAAUGAGAGUAAUGGAAGAGCAACGAGAAAAAGAGCAAAAGAAUUAG